AUGGGUAGGAGGCGCCUCGAUAAAAAUGUAAACGACGCGGCCGCCCAGAACAGGGGGAAGAAAGUGAAAAAUACGAACAUUGGGAAAAACGCAAAAAGGAGGAAAAGGAAAAAGGGCUCCGACAGCGAGGACGAUGAUGACAUUGAGAUUACCAACACGAACGUCAAUUUGAACGGAAAUGUCGCGAUUUCGUGUAAAUUCAAACAGAGGGAAAAAGUGGACAUAAACUUGAUCCUGGCCCAGGACGAGGAGGACGCGUCCAAAACGAAGACCUACUGCUGGACCAAGGUCAACGGAGGCCGAAGUUCCCUCGCGCGAAGAAAAUUCUGCAUCGUUUGCGGGUUCGAAGGAAAAUACAAAUGUUUGAAGUGCUAUGAACACAAGCCAGUGUCGUUCAUCAGGUACUACUGUUCUUUGAAUUGUAAAAAGGUCCAUGAUGAGUUCUCAUGUUGUAAGAGUAAGAUGUUGGACACGUGGUAG